CUCAGGCUCGUACACAGAAGGUUCGUACGAAGUUCUCCAACACAGACCGCCUCAUCAUAGUUCACAUAAGUAAUGGCGGACCAGACAUUUUCAUCAGUCUUAAAUACUGUGUCAGUUGUGUCUCAGUUUGUCACACUGCUGUACAUCGCCUUUGGCAUAUUGUUUGCCCAUCUCUACAGGAAACGAGUGUCCACAGAAGAUUACUGGGUCCUCGUCUGGCUGAUAUAUGACUUCUUCAUUCACCUCACAUUGGAAGGACCAUUUGUCAUUCUGUCACUGCUUGGAACAGUCCAGGAAUCAAACCAUUUUACAGCACAGUUAUGGAAAGAAUAUGCAAAGGCAGAUGCUCGCUGGGGGGUAUCAGACCCAACAGUGGUUUCCCUGGAGAUCCUCACGGUGACGAUUGUUGAGGUGUUUGUGGUGUUCACGGUGAACGGGAUUGUGCAGAACAAGCCAUACCGACACUUCAUGCAAAUCUGUCUGUGUGUUUGUGAACUGUAUGGGGGCUGGAUGACAUUCUGUCCGGAGUGGUUGACAGGAAGCCCCAACCUAAAUACGUCCAACCCGCUCUACCUGUGGGUCUACCUCGUCUUCUAUAAUGGACUCUGGGUCGUCAUUCCUUGUUACCUGCUUUACCAGUCGUGGCUCGCCAUGUCUCACGCGUUUAGCGAGACAGGGGAAGUAAUGAGUGAGAAGCAGGAAACCACGGUAACAACGAAUGUGUACAGGACGUACAAUACACGGUCGAAAAACAGAUCUGAGAAAAUGGAGUAAAAAUUUAUGUUAAAUUGUGGAUCUCAGUUACAUUAGUGACUUUAUAUUUUACAGAGGCAAGCAACUGCAUUCAUUAUUAGUACGCAACAUUCAGUUCAUAGACCUGUCAUCAGACCAUUUUUAAAACUGAAAGUUUAUUUGAAAAAAAAAAUAUUGCAAGAUUUUGAAUGUGGUCACAUGGUUUAUCAUGGUCAUUUGUUACAUGUGAUGGUUUGCUUUGGUAUUUGCAAUAUAUUAUAUAAUAAUUUGAAUGAUAAUGCUAUUUGUACACUGAAUUGGUAUACAGUCGAUUAACAGUCAACAUAUGUAUGCAAUUUUUAUGCUGAAAUCUCAAGAGAUGUUUGUUUGUAUUUUAUACCGAAACCCUUUUUAGAUAAUUUUAUAGAUAUUGUGUCUUGUUUGGGGGGAUUUAAUUUUGUGAGAGUUUAACAUUGAUAUACAUGCAUGUAAUUUCCUUAAAGUGCUCUUGAUUUAUUUGUGUUUUGACAUUUUGUGUUCGAACAAGGCAAUGCCAUAUUUAUUCUUAUGUUCAAGUUUUAUAAAGUGGUGAAGUUAUUAGCUUUCAGAAUGGAAAAAAAACACCAAACAUUUUUCAAAAUAUAGGUCAAGCAUAGCAAUUUCAAUAUUAUAGAGCUAAAUUAUUAUAAUAAAAUUGAUCUGGGUGAAGAAAAAUAUAAUAAACAUACAAAAGUUCAUUUUUCUUGAUGAAUAGACCUUCUCACAUUUAAAUGAUUUUAUAUUUAUGCUUCUUAUUGGUGAUAAAAUUAAGAGGAUUAUUUGUAAUAGAGAAUUAGAUUUGUUUUUACUAUAAUACUGGGUCAAAAGGUUUUGAAAUAAACUAUUUAAAGAUCAAUUUGACAAUGAAUCUUUUUUAUCACUAUUCAAUAUUAACAAAAUUAAAUAACACAGCAAAAUGCAAACAUAUGCAAAUGUAGCAUUUCUACAUUAAUAAAGGUUAACUGGUUUUUGUAUUAUAUAAUACUUGUUUUUAGAUCAACUAUUCGAAGAAUAAGGAGAGCUAUACUACUCACACAAUGGUACCCAACCAUCCAGUCUACUUAAUUAACCAAGUUAGAUAACUCUAGUUUGCAUUUAAUGCAAAUAAUUGCUCUUUAUUAUUUGACUCAGAAAUUCUGGGUAAGGUUUUGCAUGUAAGCACACAUAGGUUAAUAUCUCAGCAACUACUGGAUGAAUUGCAUUGAGACUUUAUAAAAUCGUACUCAACCAUCCAAUCUACUUAAAUAACCAAGUAAGAUAACUCUAGUUUGCAUUAAAUUCAAAUAAUGGCCCCUUUUUUAUUCAACAUAGAAAUUCUGGUUAAGGUUUUGCAUGUAACCACUUUUAAGUCAAUGCUUCAGAAAAUACAUCAUGUAUUGCAUUGAAACUUUACACACAGGCUCCAAACCAUUUAACCUUCUUAUUUAAUCAAGUAAGAUAACUCUAUCUUUCAUAUUAUAUAAUUUUUGCCCCUUUAUUAUGCGACUUAGCAACUACUUGAUGUAUUGCUUUGAGACUUUAUACAAUCGUGGUAUUCAACCACCCAACGUUAUUGAAUAACCAAGUUAGAUAACUGUAUUUUGCAAAUAAUGGCGCUUUAUUAUUAGACUUAUAAAUUGUGGUUAAAAUUUUCCAUGUAACCACAUUUAUGUUAAUAACUCAGCACAUCAUGUAUUGCAUUCAAAUCAAGCGGCGGAAUAGCCGAGCGCGCUGUCUUGGUGACAGCUCUUGUUUAGUAUUGGUAUCUGAGAGAUAUCCCAUGCAAAAUACAUUUUAAAGAAAAAUUCUAUAGUGAUGGCUAUAGGUAGCAGUUUAUUUAAUUUUCCAAUACUUAAGUGCUUUAGAAAAAAAAUAAUAUUAAGAUAAAAAUAAGUUAGAAUGGAGGUAUUUAUGCAUUUAUAUAGUUAUUCAUUAGAUGCUAUUUGUUUGCAUGGAAGUUUAUAAUGUUCAAGAUAAUAGCGCUCUAAUUUUUCUCUUAGUUUUACAUAAUUCAUUAAGGUAUCUUUGUAACAGCAUUAUUGUCUAGGCCCAGUGUUUAUAUGUGCAUCACCAGUAGUGAAGAAAAAAUCAUUUGUAGAUCUGUGUUUAUUUGUUCGAGAAUUUUUUUACAAUUUUGUAACUGAUUCUAUAGUUAAAUAGACAUUUCAUUCUAUGUGUCACAAUUUGUUGCUUUUGUUUUAAAAGUAUACAUGCAAUACUGCCAUUUCUAUGUUAGUGAUGUUACUAUGACAACGCAUAUAUAUUGUGGUUUAUAUAUACGCUCAAGGGAUGUUUAAUACUCUCAUACUAACCUCGGUUAAAUGUACAGUUUUGUGGUUAGUGGGUGUCCCAAUAUGGGAAUAUGGUUUCCUGCGCCUUGUUUAUCCCAUAUCGGAUGACCUACUAACCCCGUAACAUAUAUAUCACGUUGACAACCUGUUUACAUGUUUAAAUGUUUCAUUUAUUCAUCGAAAUAUUCAUCGCUGACAGAAAACAGACGCAAUUUUGGUAAGAUUUAAAUUUGGUGACCCAAUAUGGACAAAUCUGGGGUCACCAUGUGAACAGUCCUGCACCAAUGGCGUUGCGUCAUUCAUGUUACUGGCGUGAUAUAGUUGUAUACGUAGUCUGCUAGUCAUUCUUUCUACGCUCAUACGUAUCUCAGUGAAAAGUAUAAUUAUAGACUUAUAGUUGUAUACAUAGACAGAUAGUCUAAUAUGAUAGUCAAUUAUUAGUCAUAAUAGCAAAUUUUGGUGCAUUUUUUUCUCUCAGCAUUACUGUUCAGAGAAUCACAAAAUAUGUACAUACACAUAUCUAUUUUUAUAAAGAAAACUGUAUUUAGUGCCAAAAUCCAUUGUAAACUGUUAAGUUUGCUGUUUACAAGACUUUAAAAUUAGUUUUACUCUAUAUUAACAGAUCUUCUCUUUAUAAAACAUGUAGUUAAAGAAUUUUGGGAGUUCACAAGUGCUUCACUUUCAAAAUAAUUGGUCAUUCUUUAUGAUUUAUAACAGUAAAACAGUAAAAAACAUCCCUCUUAUUUGUUUAUAAAUUUUAAACAAAUAAGAGGAAUGCUUUUUACUGUUUGAAAUUGUAGGCUCAUGGCGAUUCCAUUUAAACAUAUAACCCUCGAGGAGAAGGCACUUUUAAAUUAUGCCACCCCCAACGGAAGCGAAUUCACCCUUGUGGGGUCCAUAUUAGCGAAAAAAGACACCCGCCUAUACACUAUUUCUGCCUUCCCCCCGGGGGUUAUUUGUUUUACUGGAAUAGCCCUCAUGUGUUUUUCAAAGAAAAAAAGUCAAGUUGUUUUAGACUUGGUGUCCUUGUAAACUAAAGUUUAAUUUUAGUUUGAUUGUCAAAUCAAUAGUUGGAUCAAGUCAUACCAAAACUUAAUUAGAUAACUGGGUCGUAUCUUAAAGCUACGCUCUCACAGAUUUACCAUUUUUACAACUUUUUUAUUAUUUUUUUCUUGGAAAGAGCAAAUUUUUGCAUAAAUAUCUUCAAAUUUCAAACCAAUGAUAUAAGAUUGCUGACUAAAAAUCAGAUUGUAGAUUUUCAUAUUUCCUUUCAAAAAUUAAUUUUUUAUGGCCUAAACCGUUACUAACAGUUUAAGAAAAAUGCAUAAAACAUCAUUUUUUUAACUUAAAUACAAAUAUUUACGAUCUAUUUUUUUGUCAGCAGUCAACUGAUUCCCAUGGAUUUUCGCAAAAAUCUGCUUGUUCCAAGACAAAAAAUAAAAAGUUGUCAAAACGUUUAAUCUGUGAGUGUGCAGCUUUAAUAGCUGUCUAAGAUAAUUACAUGAACCUUAAAGAUUAUUUACAUACAGCAUGUAACAAUGUGCACAUGAAUAGCAAGUCCAUGAUUCUGCCUGUAAUAAUUGUUGAGAUAUGCUCCUGAUUGGACAGGAAAAAAUAUGAGUUGCUGUUCCCUUGGAGGGAGUCCUGUUGUACAUAUGUUGGUUGAUGCUUUUAGUAAUUGGCUUUGUAAUGGAAUACAGCUACUGCAGGACAUGUUUAACCACAAUAUUCUCCAAAAAUUAAAAUUUUAAAUGUUAAGAAAUGCUGACUAAGCCAUACUUUUCAACAGAUUUAUGUUACAACAGUUUUGUUUGUUAAACAUGAUUGUUUUAAUACUGAUUGUGUUACUAGUACUUUAAAAGCAAAUAAGUUUCAAAUGAUCUCUAUGAAGUGUAAGUGAACUUAAUAUGAACUUCGCAAUGGAUUGUGUUUAUGUACAGUUGAAAAAAGUAGACACAAGACAAUAAAUUAGACAGUUGUUAUUGCAA